GGAAAACAAAUAUUUUUAAACAACAACACCAAAACAAACCCAUUUUUUUUUUAAAAUGGCGGCUUUUGCAACCAAACAGUCUCGGUUGUUGUUGUUGUUGUCUCGUCUGCUUCUGAUCGGCGUAUCCACCGGAAAUUUCUACGACAACUUCGAUAUCACUUGGGGAGAUGGUCGUGCCAACAUAUUUGAGAGUGGACAGCUCUUGACUUGCACUCUCGACAAGAUCUCCGGUUCAGGUUUUCAAUCAAAGAAGGAGUAUUUGUUUGGAAAGAUCGACAUGAAGAUGAAACUUGUGGCUGGAAAUUCUGCGGGAACCGUCACAGCUUACUACCUUUCUUCAAAAGGUGAGACAUGGGACGAGAUAGACUUCGAGUUUUUGGGUAAUGUUACUGGACAGCCUUAUGUUCUCCACACAAAUGUGUUCACUGGAGGUAAAGGUAACCGAGAAAUGCAGUUUUACCUCUGGUUCGAUCCCACUGCGGAUUAUCACACUUACACCGUCCUUUGGAACCCUCUCAACAUCAUCCGAACCUCGUUAUUGAAUUGGGUUACGUGUAAUGCGAAUAGCAACUCGUGGAUGUGGACUACACUUAACUCAAACCAGUACGGACAGAUGAAGUGGGUGCAAGAUGAUUAUAUGAUCUAUAACUACUGUACGGAUUUCAAGAGGUUCCCUCAAGGCUUACCCACAGAAUGCAACCUCGACUGAUCGUAUUACCAAGAACAUUCAAGCAUUUGAAGCGUUUUCUUUCUUUCAAUAUUUAUCUCAUGAUUUGUUGAUUUGAUUCUUUUGAGUUUCUAAGAUUCAUUUCCCUUUUUGGGUAAUUGUUUAUUUGUCAUAAUUUGAUUUCUUUUCUGAUUCUUUUGAUAUCUUACAAUCAAAAUAAAGUUUGAAUUGAACC